GAAAGAGAAAGAGAAAGAAAGAGAGAGACUCUGUCGCCACUACACUGUGUUUCUUUCUGUACAUACAUAAAAAAAUUAAAUUAAAUUAAAUUUAGAAAAAAAAUAUUAAAUUUAUAAAAUAAUAAUUUAUGUAAGUAAAUUGUAAAACUCCUCAAACACAAACAUAGACACACUACUCAAUUAUUUCUGUCCAUUCCUUCUUCCCAUAUUGUUCUUGUGUUGUGUCUCAGUGUGAGUGUUUUGAAAUUGUUGAAGAUGCCGCGGCCAGGUCCAAGGCCAUAUGAGUGUGUGAGAAGAGCUUGGCACAGUGAGCGUCACCAACCAGUAAGAGGUUCUAUUAUUCAACAAAUUUUCAGGGUUGUCACUGAAAAUCACAGUUCCGCUACUAAAAGAAACAAGGAAUGGCAAGAGAAACUUCCCGUUGUUGUUCUUAAAGCUGAAGAAAUCAUGUAUUCCAAAGCUAAUUCAGAGGCUGAGUAUGUGAACUCUGAAACACUAUGGGACCGUCUCAAUGAUGCUGUUAAUACAAUUAUACGGAGAGAUGAGACAACUGAAACUGGUGACCUUUUGCCCCCAUGUGUUGAAGCUGCACUUAAUCUUGGCUGCAAGCCUGUUAGAACUUCGAGAAGUGAUCGGCAUAAUAACCCUAGGACAUACCUUGGUCCAAGACCUCAACAAACUCCUUCAGGGUCUCCAAGACCUCAGCAACCUCCUUCUGCUGCUCUUGCACCGAAUCCCGUAUCGGAUUCUAACCAGCAUGCUCACCAAAAUAGUAAGCUGAGUGGUUCUUCUAACUAUCAUUACAGUUUUCCAUCUGGUCAUCAUCAGCCGUUGACAAUGGAAGCUAAACCCUCAUUGAACACGACAGGUUCAGUUUACCCAUUGUACUACGGUGGCGAAGCCAGAGAGCCUCAAGUAAGGACUACUGUAAUAGAUAAUACUUCUUCAAACACGAUCUUUGUUGGCAGACCAGUCAUUGCUCCAGUUUCUGAUCCUUCUGGAAUUGGUCUAUUGGAAAACUCAUCAUAUGGUAGAUUUCAACAUGUUGCUAACAGAACUGUACAAGAAACUGGUUUAAGCACUCAUGACUCGCCAGGUGGGGAAUGUGAUUUGUCUUUGAGGUUGGGUCAGUGUCUGCAUCCUAGUUCGAGCGGAAAAAGUAGUUCAGCAUUUGAAAUAGAUGGUGUUGGUUUAGGUCUUUCUCCGGAGGGAAGCAAUUAUAGUCAUGUGUCUUUCCAGAGAAAUAGAGAGUUAUCACUUUACCCUAGAGGAGCUGGUUAUGGUACCAUCGACUCCAAUUCUAGAGGCAAUGUAGAGGGUGAAGAUCAGAAUUCAGAGGCAAUGUUUCGGAAACGCAAAGCACCUUUAGCUAACAGUGAAGAGGAUGGACAAUUUUGCCGGCAUCUAGGGGUCCCAUCCAAUCGUUUUACUGGUAGGCCAGGUUCGUAGUUAGUCUUUUUGUUGUGCCAUAUAUGCUUUUCCAAUUCAAGAUGCUCCAAAAUGUUGUUGAAUCCUCUUAUGUAGACUCUCUGCAUAUGUAGCUCUACUUGUGAAAAAAAAUUAGAAGAUGGCGUUGAGUUACUAGUUGCAUUGCUGCAAACGUGAACUGUAUAUAAAAAUCUUAGCUUGCUUUCUUUGAUUUCUGUUUUGGCUCUUAAUAGAUUAAAAAAAAAGUAUGAAAUUUGAACUUUUGAAAUUGA